ACAAUUUACAAGAUGGCUACCAACCAUCUGUAGAUCACAUAAAAUUUAUCGUAAAUACUACAUAAAUUUAUACGUGCAAAGUAUAGUUAUAUAAACGCAAGAUUAAGAACAAAUUCAGUUAUGGGUGUACCGGCAUUCUUCCGAUGGCUCAGCCGAAAAUAUCCGUCAGUUAUAGUGGAAUGCAUUGAGCAAAAGACGACUACCACAAACGGGGUUCGUGUACCCGUCAAUUCCGCCGAUCCUAACCCCAAUGGGGUCGAAUUUGACAAUUUAUAUCUUGAUAUGAACGGUAUUAUUCAUCCAUGCACUCAUCCUGAGGACAAGCCAGCUCCAAAAAAUGAAGACGAAAUGAUGGACGCCAUUUUUGAAUGCAUUGAUAGAUUAUUUGCCAUUGUACGUCCAAGAAAAUUACUAUACAUGGCGAUCGACGGUGUUGCACCGAGAGCAAAAAUGAAUCAGCAGAGGUCCAGGCGAUUCCGAGCGUCUAAAGAAACGACAGAAAAGAUUGCUGAAAUCGAUAGAAUACGCUCAGAAUUAGCUCUUAAGGGUGCGUUUUUACCUCCUGAGAAACCCAAAGGGGACCAUUUUGACAGUAAUUGUAUUACGCCUGGUACUCCUUUUAUGGCGAGAUUAUCGGCUUGUUUACAUUACUACAUUCACGCACGAUUAAACAACGAUCCUGGAUGGCGUGGCAUCAAGGUUAUUCUAAGCGACGCAAAUGUUCCUGGAGAAGGAGAGCAUAAAAUUAUGGACUACAUCCGAAAGCAACGGAGUCAACCAGAUCACGAUCCUAAUACGCAGCACGUUUUGUGCGGAGCAGAUGCGGACUUGAUAAUGUUGGGAUUGGCAACACAUGAACCGAACUUUACGAUUAUCAGAGAAGAGUUUAAACCCAAUAAGCCAAGACCGUGCGAUAUCUGUGGUCAAUUGGGUCAUGAAAUGAAAGAUUGCACAGGCUCGGAGCCAGUCGCAAAAGAGGAAGAGAAUCUGUUCGGAUCCGAAUGUCAAUUUAUAUUCGUCAGAUUAAACGUACUUCGAGAGUAUUUGGAACGAGAAUUACAAAUGCCUAAUUUGCCUUUCAAGUACGAUUUCGAACGUGCUAUUGACGAUUGGGUCUUCAUGUGCUUCUUUGUAGGAAAUGAUUUUCUGCCGCAUCUUCCGUCGCUUGAAAUCAGAGAAGGUGCCAUAGACAGAUUAGUCAAUUUAUACAAGAAGACUGUGUAUAAAACAGGCGGCUUUCUGACCGACAGCGGCGAUGUGAAUCUGGACAGGGUUCAAAUGAUAAUGUCUGAUCUUGGGAACGUUGAAGAUGAGAUUUUUAAAAAACGCCAACAAGAUGAAUUGCUUUUCAAACAACGACAGAAAAACAAGAAGAGAAGGAUGGAGGCUAUCAGCAAUUACAAACCCAAUUGGGUUCCUGCUGGACAAUUUGCUCCAACUCCCUUGGGUCAAGGGACGCAGCCCGUACAAAAUGCUCGCCAGGAAGCAUUCCAAAUGCGAAUGCAGGGUAGAAAUUACGGUACGAGCGCUACAGAGAGAGCCUUGAAAGGAACGAACGCCAGCAAUGCUUUAGAGAGUAUGCUAGUACCAGAGGGAUCGGGCAACAAAGGACAGAAGCGAAAGGUCGAGAAUCAAACGACGGAGGAAUCAGACGACGAUCAAGCUCACGACGAGGUCAGACUAUGGGAAGAUGGAUUCAAAGAUCGAUACUAUGAGUCCAAAUUCGACGUUUGCAAAGACAAUCUGGCGUUCAGGAAUAAUGUCGCACUCCAAUACGUACGCGGCCUUUGCUGGGUGCUUCGCUAUUAUUACCAAGGCUGCGCGUCUUGGAAAUGGUAUUUUCCUUACCAUUACGCUCCAUUUGCCAGUGACUUUAUCAACAUAGGUGGACUGUCGACAGAAUUUGAGAAGGACACAGUUCCAUUUCGACCCCUGGAACAACUGAUGGGUGUUUUUCCUGCUGCGAGUAGCUCACAUGUUCCUCCCCCAUGGGCAAAAUUGAUGAGCGAUCCGAAAUCUUCAAUCAUAGAUUUUUAUCCUGAAGAUUUUAAAAUUGAUUUGAAUGGAAAGAAAUUUGCCUGGCAAGGAGUUGCUCUGUUGCCAUUUGUCGACGAAAAGAGAUUGUUCAAAGCUCUUGAGCCUUACUAUUCGUGUCUAAGCGAAGCAGAAAAAAAACGUAACGUCAGAGGUGACGAUCGAUUAUACGUCAGCCUUGAUAAUAAAGGCUACGAUUUUAUAACUGGAUUGUAUAAAAAUAAAGUGGACUCUAAUGUUGAAACUGACAUAUGCAUCGAUGGCAUGCGUGGAACGGUUUUACUAGCAGAGGAUUGCAUUGGAGAUGGUGCUACGUUGAAUUCCCCGAUCGGAGGGUUACCAGUACGAGAGAAUCGGGUUUAUUGCGUGAGAUUUCGAGAUCCGAAGUAUCAGAAAGAUUUCAUAUACCCAGCAAGGAAACUCAAAGGUGCCAAAGAGCCUCCUAAAGUUUUGAAACCUCAGGACUUUGAACAGAUGAAUCGAGCGAGCGGUGGUGGGGGAAAUCAGUGGCGUCCACAAAUUGGAUUCACACCUUCAACGCAAAGAGCUACUCUUGGAGACGCAGGUCAUCGAAUGUUAGGGCAUCACAGGAGCAACAAUAGCCCUGGACAAUACGCUUAUGUUCCCCCUCCGCAGGUUGGAUACCAUCAAAAUCGUGGGUACCAGAGUGGGUACCAUUCUGGUUCAUCCAACAGUGGCAACGCCGGCGGUUAUGGCGGCGUAACUUCUGGACCAGCCGGCGGCGGAAGUGGCGGAGGUGGUCGUGGAAGCUAUAAUCAGAAUCCACAAGCCGGAGUUUGGGCCACUGGCUACGUGGCUCACCAGCCUAACUACCAUCAACGUAACCAACACCAUAACCAACACUCUCAUCAGCAACACAACCGGCCUCAUCCUUAUCAGAAUAAAUCGCACAACAAUUACUCGAAUCCUCAAUGGAAUCAUUCGCAAAAUCGUCGAGGAGGAGGAGGAGGAGGAAGUGGUGGUGGCGGGUGGAGAGGCCGCUAAAAGUGGUUGAAACUUCAGGUCUCGUAAUCCACUGACUCAUAAUUCAGGUUUUAAUCAACCUGGAUUAUAUAAUAGCGUUGUGAAAACUCACAAGCGCAAUUGAUUAUUAUUUUACAUUUAUAAAACGAAAAAAAUAUCAUUUUUGUACACUAUCAAUUAACCAACGGCAACUUAAUUUGGAACAUAUAAAUA